AUACAGAAACUCUUCAGCACAAGCAGCGUGCUUUCUACUGAGAAAGAUAAAUCUGAUUCCAAAGACAGCACCACUGAAGUGGCAUCAAAGAGUCGGGAAAGUACAGCAGAAACACCGAAGCAGAAGUUGUUAGACAUUAUUGGUAAUAUGAAAGUAGAAGUGAGCUACAGGAAGAAACUCCAAGAGUUAAAAACACGUGAGAUCAAAAAGCAAGCCGCAGACAAGCUGGAAGGCCCGGACAGUGAAGGUGCUAUGCUUCAGAGAACUACAGAAGACAUGCAGCGAGGCAAACCUUUAAAUCCAGAUCUGGUGGAGGCUGCUUCUGCAGUCGCGUCUUCCCUACCACUCAACAAGAAACAGACAGAAUCAGAACUACUUGCACAACUAAGAAGACACGAAGAAACCACAGAUAAACAGAAAAAGGGAGGAAUUAUUAACAUACGCAACGUUAUUUCAGAAAUGGCAGUUAAAAGGCAGUCCCCAGCUCAGAGAGCUGUGAGGAUAUCCAAUCGCAUUUCCUUGGAGUUGGAUGAGGAUGGUCAAAGAAUCAAGCCUGAAAGAUUGUCACAGUCUUUUGACUCCAGAAGAAGUCUCAAAGUAGGAAGGAGGCUUAAUAUAUUCACUAAGGCUUCUACAGAAACAGAAAACGCACUGAAAAAAGUAUCUUCACCAACAAUUUGGGAUCUGGAAUUUGCGAAGGAGAUUGCAGCAAUAACUGCACAGCCUCCCCGAAACGGUUUUGAGGAGAUGAUCCAGUGGACAAAAGAAGGAAUACUGUGGGAGUUCCCAAUUGACAAUGAAGCUG